AUGGCGAGUGCGGUGGAUGCUGUAGGAGAACCGAUUCCGACAUCGGCGGUGCUAAUGUCGGCAUCGAAGCACAUAGCGGGUAGAUGCAGAGGCGAAAAUAUAGCUUUCCUCAAGUGCAAGAAGGACGAUCCUAACCCUGAGAAAUGCCUGGAUAAAGGCAGCCAAGUCAUCCGUUGUGUCCUCUCCCUGCUGAAAGAUCUUCAUCAGAAGUGCACAAAAGAGAUGGACGCAUAUCCUGGCUGUAUGUACUACAACACCGAUGAAUUUGAAUUAUGCUUCAAACAGCAGAAAGAGUUUGAAAAAGCCUGUCCACUCAAUUGA